GGAGGCACAAAGAGUGCAGUAACAGCGAAUAAGUUUGGUGACAGCGCAUUUUGUUCAAAGCCGAAUGCUCGCAAAUAGCAAAAACUACCACUUCACAGCACAUUCAGGACGGGACUGAAGGUAUUUGUAACAAUUAGACAAUUCUUGAGGGAAAGGUGGUGUCAGCCGUCUUCUACCUCGUGUCUCUGCUUAAAUAGAGACGAAGAAAGCCGAAGGCAACACCAAAGUAGAGUCGACUGUCCUCCAUGAGUGUCUCAACGCAGGGAUGGCUCCACGAAUGGAUGACGUCAUGCGUCUGUGCUGCGAAAUAUCGGCCCACGAUGAGAUCAAGGUGGCAGUGAAAAACUCCACCAAAGGAGCGCUGGUGGCAGGAGGAACCGCUUUUGUAGGCGGACUGCUCGGUGGACCUCCAGGGAUUGCUGUUGGCGGCGCAGUGGGCGGUCUCUUGGGCAGCUGGCUGACCAGCGGACAGUUCCGGCCUCUGCCUCAGAUCCUGAUGGAGUUGCCUCCCGCCCAGCAACAGCAGCUCUACGAUCAAGUCACGGCCGUCCUGAACAACCUGGACUGGAUGGACGCGGCCCAGCUCAUCGCCCUGGUGAUGGGCAACGCCACGCUGCAGCAGCAGGUCACCACCGCGCUGCUAAACUACGUCACCAAGGAGCUCCGAUCGGAAGUGCGCUAUAAGGACUGAGUUCUGAUUACACGUGGACUUUUCAGGGCCGUCGGGCCUGACGAGCACAACCAUAGUCCUCACCACUUAUCUUUGUACUUAUUGGAAAAGAAACUGUGAAUCACGGCUGUUUCACCUUGAGGUCUGUGCCAGAUGGAGCAGUUAGCUCUGCUGUCUUCAAAGUGUCCAUCCUCACUACAGUGGUGAAAUGUUCUCAAGUGCUGUAUUUAAAAACUAUUUGAAGGUAGUACUUGUACUUUACUUGAGUAUUUACUUUAUACUCUAGUUCAGAGGCAGAUAUUGUAAUUUUCUACUCCACAACAUGUAUUUUCAGGUUCAAAUUAUGAAUAAAUUGAAAUCGACCAUUAAAUUAUGAGGUAUGAUUGUAAAAAUAAAGAUCUGCUUAAAAGGGUACAUAAGUACUUUAAUGUCAGUGCUUCACUCAUUUUACCUUUUAAAGGAUCGGAGUACUUCAUCGACCACCGCCCAACAAGAAAGAAAUCACUGCAUCUGUUACUUAAUGAACGGAUGGUGACAUUGGCACAAAUGUUUUGUACGAGAGAACGAUGUUGACGUCAACUUUCCUCUGCUUUUUACACAUUUAUUCUGGAUUAGAAGGUAAUCUCUUAAUUGCCACACUCUAUCGGGGUGUUUUUAAUACACCUCUGUUUAGGAUUUUCUAAUCAAAUAAACCUUUGAAACUCUGUUAA